AUGUCGGAGGAUUCGCUACCGGUUCUCAAGGUCCUAAUCAUCGGGCCUUCCGGCGCUGGCAAGUCUGCACUGCUGCUAAGAUAUUGCGAUGAUCAGUUUGAUCCGGAGUCGACGACGGCGACUAUUGGUAUCGAUUUCAAGAUGAAAAAGCUCGCCGUCCGAGGCAAGGCGUAUAGAUUAAACAUAUUCGAUACUGCCGGCCAAGAAAGAUUCCGCACCUUGUCGACUAGUUACUAUCGCGGUGCCCACGGCGUCAUCAUAGUCUACGACAUCACGAGCAGGAAGAGCUUCCUUAGCAUGGAGAAGUGGAUCGACGAGGCGAGAUCUAGCGCAUCUCCUGAUGCCGUGCUUUACUUGGUUGGGAGCAAACUGGACAAGGUGGCUACAGGGGGCCGCGUCGUCUCCUUCGAGGAGGGCAAAGCGUUUGCAGAGUCUCAGGGCGCCGGAUUCUGCGAAGUCAGUUCUAAGACGCGGGAGAACGUCCGGCAGCCAUUCGUCGAAGUUGUAGACCGCAUUGUCCAGCGACCCGAACUGUUCGCCGCCACAGCCCCCGCGUCCGGCAACACAGGCCUGAACCUCAGUGGUCUUGGGUCAAAUUACUCUUCAGCUUGCCCCUGCUAG